AUGAAAGCCGUUCUCCUAUUUGUUUUUGGUUCUCUUUUCAGGAGAGGCCAUGCCGUUGGUAUCGAUGGUUGUGCUGCAGACAAUUGUCUCAGAGCGAUCCGAGCAACCUCGAGACUUUCGUCUGCAUCAGCUGCGUGUUCCGCAUAUAUCGAGCAGACUAUUACGCUUCCGACGGUAACUGUGACAGAGUACUACGAGAUCUCUGAAAUAGCCCAAGAAACGGUCUACACCACCCAGAUCGACACUCUAUUCGAUACGUACACUUCAGUGAUCGAAGAUACAGCCACCACUACCCUCCCGGGGAGCACUUCUAUAGUCACUGUGUAUAACCGUGCCCUUAAGAAGAGACAAGCCGCGCCUACAAUCCCUGCUUUUGCUUCUCCAUGCUCCGGCGAAGUUCGGUUUACCAGCGCUUGUUCUUGCAUUGGUGUAUUGACCCCUAACAUCGUUACGAUACCGGCUCCUACGGAAACUUUGAGUAUCACAACCACAACGACGUAUACCACUGAGACUUAUACUAUAACUGAAGAGACUAUUUCUACUACAAUCACCGAUGCUACUAUUAGUGUGACCGAUAUAGUGGCUACGGAGACCUUACCGGGUCCCCAAGCUACGAAUACGGUUACUGUUCCCUACCCCGAGCUUUGUAAAAACCCCACCCUUUACAUCCUCGCGGCACCCCGCAACCUUUCGGUUCUGAAUUCGGUGAACGUUGGAAGGCUCAACACUGCAGAUUGCUGUUUGAGGUGUUUCACAACCCCAGAUUGCGUAGUAUAUGUUAGGAAUUUAGCUGGGGUCGGGGUCUGUAGUCUGCUUACUACGAGGCCUGGGACAGCUCCAAACCCGGCAUCGCCAAGGUGUCCCAAUGGUGUCGGUGACACGAUUUUUACUGGCACUCCUGGGUUUUUUGGAAAGGGGCCCUGCCAAGGUAUUUGGCAAUGGAACUAG